UCAGUAGCCGUAUGUGAAUCUCGAACAGUUGAAUCAUAGUCAACUUUUGAACUGCAAAUUCAUUGUAUUGCUUACUAUGUUCUCCAUUUCAUGUAAAAUUAGCACGUUGAUGUUGGUUCUCCUCAGAGGUGACACCUUCAUUGGAAUUUCCGAACUAACCAUAAACUGCGAUUCCAAUCCAACAUGCUACCCGCCAUUUCUCUCCCAACAAACAUAACUGUGAAAACGAACAUAACGGCUACCGCCACACACAGAACCCCAAAUACUCACAAACAAAGAACAACACCUUUUAAUUCAACCCUAAAAUCACUCUGCAAAUGGGGUAAAUUGGAGGAGGCUCUUCGCCUAAUCGAAUCAUGGAAGCCCACACUCAUUGAAGAAGAACACGUCUCUCUCCUCCUCCACGCAUGCAUCUCCAGAAGGUCCUUGGAACAUGGCCAAAAACUCCACUGGCACUUGCUUCAUUCUCAAAACGCAGUCUUGGAGAACCCCAAAUUGAAGAGCAAGCUCAUCACGCUGUACUCUGUUUGUGGCAGAGUGGAUGAGGCUCACAGUGUGUUCCAAGAGGGAAUUAGCGAUGAGAACCCGCCAGAACCAGUGUGGGUAGCUAUGGCUAUUGGGUAUUCAAGAAACGGGUUUUCCAAUGAAGCGUUGCUUCUUUACCGUGACAUGUUGUCACGGUCUGUGAAGCCUGGGAAUUUUGCGUUUUCCAUCGCCCUCAAGGCCUGUUCCGAUUUGAGUAAUGCGCUGGUUGGCAAAGCAAUCCAUGCCCAGAUUGUGAAGCAUGAUGAAGAACCUGAUCAAGUUGUGAACAAUGCGCUUUUGGGGUUCUAUGUGGAGUGUGGGUGUUUUGAUGAGGUCUUUAGGGUGUUUGAAGUAAUGCCUCAACGAAAUGUGGUGUCUUGGAACACUUUGAUUUCGGGUUUUGCUGGUCAAGGUAGAGUGUUUGAGACUCUUGAUGCUUUUAGAGUAAUGCAGGGAGAGGGAAUGGGGUUUAGUUGGGUUACCCUUACGACAGUGUUGCCGGUUUGUGCUCAGUUUACUGCACUUCAUUGUGGAAAAGAGAUACAUGGGCAGAUUGUGAAGUCUAGGAAGAAUGCUGAUGUACCUUUACUCAACUCACUCAUGGACAUGUAUGCAAAAUGUGGAGUAAUUGGUUAUAGUAAAAAAGUUUUUGACAGAAUGCAAAGAAAGGAUUUGACAUCAUGGAACACUGUGCUGGUUGGAUAUUCUGUCAAUGGGCAAAUAAAUGAAGCUUUAGCAUUGUUUGAUGAAAUGAUAAGGUAUGGCAUUAAACCAGAUGGCAUUACAUUUGUUGCCUUGCUGUCAGGUUGUAGCCAUUCAGGACUUAGUAGAGAGGGGCGGAGAUUGUUUAAUGUGAUGGAAGAUUAUGGGGUGCCACCAUCAUUGGAGCACUAUGCUUGUUUGGUAGACAUCUUAGGUAGGUCUGGGAAACUCGAUGAGGCAUUAACCGUGGCAGAGAGCAUUCCAAUGAAACCUAGUGGCAGCGUUUGGGGAUCUUUGCUUAACUCGUGCCGGCUUUAUGGUAAUGUUCUUCUUGCUGAAAAAGUUGCCAAGAGGUUGUUUGAGAUCGAACCUAACAAUCCAGGAAAUUAUGUGAUGCUUUCAAACGUAUAUGCAAAUGCAGGGAUGUGGGAAAGUGUGAAGGGAGUUAGGGAAAUGAUGGCCAUCAAGGGAAUUAAGAAAGAUGCUGGAUGUAGUUGGAUACACGUAGAGCAUAAAAUUCAUACAUUUGUUGCUGGAGGGAGCUCAGAUUUUCGUCACUCUGCUGAGUAUUUGAAAAUUUGGAAUGAGUUGUCAAAUGCAAUUGAGAACUUAGGAUAUAUCCCGAACACAGGAGUUGUUCUUCAUGAUAUCAAUGAAGAUAUGAAAGCAAUAUGGGUUUGUGGACACAGUGAACGGCUUGCUGCUGUAUAUGCACUCAUUCAUACUGCAGCUGGAUUGCCAGUUAGGAUCACCAAGAAUCUUAGGAUUUGUGUUGAUUGUCAUUCAUGGAUGAAGGCCGUUUCAAAAGUUACAGGGAGACCAAUUGUAUUAAGAGAUACAAAUCGGUUCCACCAUUUUGAAAAUGGUACUUGUUCUUGUAAGGACUACUGGUGACCAAGGUCACCACCAUUAUCAUUAUAAUGUAACCAACUCCAGUUUUCGUCACCAAUUGGUGUUUAGAAGCUAAGUACGUCAUAAUAGUAGCAGUGAUCCCGAAUUUAGCAUCGCAUUGAUAGUUCUUGCUCAAACUAAUUAUUUAAAGUCAAGCUGUAGGCACAGCAAGUAAAUUACAUUCAAUCUACAAUAC